AUGGUCUCUUACGCAGAGGGGAUUCGAGACUUCCAGAAAGAGCUCAUCUGCUCCAUCUGCAUGGAGUACUUCACAAACCCAGUGUCCAUUGAGUGUGGCCACAGUUUUUGCCAUGGUUGCCUCCUCAGGAGCUGGCCGGGAGACUCUCCCCCUUUCUUCUGUCCAGAGUGCAGGAGCGUCAACUCACGGAGGGAUUUCAAAGCUAACGUGCGACUUGGGAAACUGGCAGUCAUUGCCAAAAAACUAAGACCCGAUUGUUCGCAGUACUCUGAAGGUUGUGCCAAGUGUGAGGUGCAUCAGAAAGUGAACAAGCUGUUCUGUGAGGAAGACCAGCGCCCAGUCUGCGUGUCCUGUUCUCAAUCCCAGAAGCAUGAGGCUCAUAGACACCAUUGCAUAGAUGAGGCAGCUGAGGACUUCAGAGACAGGCUCCGAGGAACCGUGACUGAUUUGUGGAGGAAAACUGAGGACGUUGUUCAACAAAUAAGCAAUGAGAAGAUUAAAUUUGCCCAGGAUAUGAAAGGAGUGUUAAACAGGAAUAAAUCUGUGCUCCAAAAGGAAAUAAAAACCUUCGGCAUACACAUGGCUGUCCGGCCCAUCCCUGGACUUAUGGAACAUAUUUUCAGUUUGAAAGUGGACAUCACUCUGGAUUGCAACACAGCUGAUCCAGGUCUCAUCAUAUCAGAGGAUCUGAAGAGUGUGAGAUAUGGAGGAGUCCAGGAGGAAGCACCCAACAACAGUGGGAGGUUGAGAGAUUUUGCCCAAGUUCUUGGUACUCAAUCCUUCAUUUCAGGAAGAUAUUACUGGGAGGUGGAGGUGCCAAAUAACACAAUGUGGUGUGUUGGCAUCUGCCCCGAAUCAAAAGAGUCUCAAGAUUUCUUUGUGCUUAGGACUGUACGGUCACAUAAUUUCUGCUAUCUUUAUGUCAUGGCCCAGCACAAUCUUUAUUCCAAGGUCCAUACAAAAUACCGCCAGGUCAGUAUGCCAAACCUAAUGGUGGGCAUUUUCCUUGACUAUGAACGUGGAGAAGUAUCAUUUUAUCAUGUGAAAAACAGAUAUCUAAUUUAUACUUUCCCUGCCACUGCAUUUUCAAGACCUCUUGUGCCAUUCUUCUGUCUUUCUAAGAAAGUCUUGACAGAUGAUUGCUCUCUCACAAUCUGUCCUUAA